AUGGAGCGGAACGAGCCGUCUGGGUGGGAGAAAGCGCGGACGGCGCACGUUGUGCCGCCCACGGAACGCGCCGUGGACGAGGAGGGGCCGGUGGAGAUCGAGGAGCUCUUCGCCCUGCUCAACCAAGGACAAGAAGCCGGCGGCCAGGGUGAAGGUCACGGGCCCAACGGAGAAGGCGCGGUUCGCGAUGGAAGUGACGCCUGCCCCGACCAGAACGUUCCAGCGAUCAACGAGGUGACGUCUUCUGGCAUGUUCGCGCUCGACGGACCGCCAGACGUCGCGGACGUGGAGAAGCUGCAGUUUGCCUGUGACGCUGUUGGUGAAGGUGCCGACGACGGCCGUGCGGGCCAGAGCGUGGGUCGGGUCCCUAGCCGGGGGGGUUCGGGGGCGUGGCGACGGUGGUUGACGUUCCCGACCCUGUUCCCAUUUGGCGUUGGGGGACCAAGGCUGGUUGAAGAGACCAUGGUCGACGCGGGGAAGGUCACGGCCAACUUGCGAGGCAGGGCUGUCGAGGCAGAGGCGGCCGCGGGAGACCCCGUAUCGUCUCGAAGCUUGAACCUUCAGGCGUGGGCCGAGAUCGUGCUCCGGCGCCAUGGUGGUCGAUUUGCACUGCACCACAUCUUCGCAUUUCUCGUCUUCAACAUGGGGGUGCGGUCGAGGAACCGCCGGGUCAGCAUGUUGAGUGUGGGGAGGAAGAACUUCCGCAAGGUAGAGCGCAUCUCGCUCAUCGUCGGAUAUGGCGUGCCGGCCAUCUGGUUCACCAUCAACCCGAACGACAUUACGAACCCGGUGAAGCUGCGACUGGCGGCAUACCGCACACGCGAUCCCGACGCGGCCGAGGAGUUCUUAGAAGGCCUUGGGGAUGCGUAUAAGCGGGCACGGCUGGCGAUAUCGGAUCCCAUGAGCUCGGCCGUGUUCUUCCACCGCGAGAUGAAGCUAUUCUUCGAUCAUUACGUGAAGGUCGGUGAAGAGUCGGAUCUGGACCAGGAAAGUUUUUGCGCCGUGCAAGCGGAGCGAUCUGUGACGGGCGGUAUUGGUUCCUGCUGGACAACGCCGCGCAGUUCUCGGCCGCGUUUAUCGAGGAGGCCAACUUCUGUGCCGGCGCGACGCAGGAGGGCGGAAGGGGACCUCUGCCGGUUCAAGGCGCCAUGGAGGUUAGUCGACAAGACCGCCCUCACGGCAGACGGGGUGCUGCAGAUCCGGAGGACACACAGCAUGGUCAAUCGAUGGAACGAGGCUAUUGCUGUCGGGCUCCGGCACAACCAUGAUAUUUCCUUCAUUGCGACGCAGCGCAAGACAAUGGCCCUCAUCUAUUAUGUCACGAACUACGCGACCAAGGUGGAGGACCCGGUGUGGAAGCGUGUGGCGGCCGCGGCCGAGCUCCUGGCCGCCUCAACAGGGAACAGGACGCGACAGUUCCUGAUGAGAGUGGCGAACCGCGUGUUCACGGAGCGUCCGCUAUCACAGGUCGAGGUCGUCGCUCACCUUCUCGGAUAUCCGGCCGAGUUCACCGACAGCAGCGCGUGGGCGUACCUGAACUGUUCUCUGCUGUACUGGGAAGUCUUUCGGCGAUGGCGGCAUCUCCGAGAAGCCAGUGGCGCUGCGGCUACGGAUGACACCUUGGAUGAGUCGGUGCUCAGGCGGCCGGGCAAGCACGCUACCGUCUGCCUCGACGGCUACCUGAGCAAGGACUUCACCUACGAUGACGAGUCGUGCUACCGGAGGGCAGCCGUGCAGCAUCUUGCGCUGUUCGUGCCGUGGGAGUCCUUCCUGGGCGAAGGAACAGGUGAGAUCAACAGCAUCUGGGCGCGGGCUCGAGACGCUAUGGCCCCGAGAAUAUCAUGUCUGGUCGACAACGUGCAGCUGCUUCGACGAUCCGCCGAAGACGCAAAACGCGACGCCAAGCAAUGGGCAGCCUCGUCCGGCGAUGGCGACCCGACGGUCGCACACGUCGAGGAGGGUGGAGCAGGCGAGGCGGGCGCGGAGUCUGCAGCGACAUAUCAGCCCAACAGCAUCGGAGACGCAACGCGGCUCAUCGACGUCCAGCUCUGUCGGUUUCAGCAAUCGGCGCUGCGCUCGACGGCCGAGCUCGAGGCCACGGCGCUGAUCGAACGAGGGAGAGGCGGUAAAGCAUGCCAGGGCGGGUAUUUCCCGGGGCCGCACUACCGCCGCAGGAUCAGGUCAAGGCUAUCAAGUCGCAGCAGCGUUGCGAAGGGUGAUGACCGGUUUCGGGAGGACGAGGUCGAAAUGACGAUGGCCGACUCCGACGAGACCGCUAUCGACGCAGGGGCGGGAAUGGACGUUCAGUUUGGCCCAUCAACCUCCUUCCUCGCGGCGGGCAAGGUGUUGGCAACACGGCUGACGCUGAACAAGAGGCAGUCCAUCGCUUUUCUGAUAAUAUGCCGCCAGCUCGAUUUGAUGCAGCAGACCGACGGGGCGAUGCCUGCCAGCUGCGCCAGUUCGUCGGCGGAGCGGUUCAUCCACGGCCAGUCUCGAAUGGAUUGGCAGGAGAAGGAUGUGCUCGUCAUCGACGAGGUGAGCAUGCUCGGGGCGCGGACGCUGCACGCCGUGAACGAGCGGCUUCGCCGGCUUCGCGGAUCGCGGCAAGAUUUCGGGGAUCCCCAUCGUCCUCUUCUGCGGAGAUUUUCAGCAGUUCCGGCCGGUCAAGAGAGGUCGAUCGUCCUGCCUAGCGCGGCCAUCUCGUGGGACGUAGACAACUCGUUCAAGGCCGAGCAGCGUCACCAGCACGACAAAGCGCACGCACUGUGGAAGAGGUUCACGACGGUCGUCAUGCUGGACGAGCAGAUGCGCGCCGCCGGCGACCCGGAGCUGCAGAGGCUGCUGAAGCGGAUCCGUCUAGGCGUGCAGGAUCGGACGGAUCUAAACCUCCUCAACUCAAGGAAUCGGUGGAACCUGAACAUGGAGGCGAGCCUGGCGUUCCGGGUCCAGCAGCGGUCGACGAUGCGCAUUUUCAUCUCCGAGCACAAGUGGAAGGAGGAGCUGCCGACGGAGGAAGAGGCGAUCAUGAUACUCAACCAGGGCGACGAUAGCGCGAUCCCGGUGCCGGCCGUCUUCAUGUUCGUGGCCGGGAUGCCCAUCGUCGUGAACCACAACACCCACCAGGGGCUGAAGCUAGUGAACGGCGCGAGCUACUCGGCGGUGGAGGUCAUUGUCGACAAGGCGUACCCGGGGCAUCGGAUCUCGGCCGAUAUGACGAUCCACUUCGGGCCGCCGGCGGGGAUCAUUCUCGAAUCGGAGACGACGAGAUAUCUCCACUUCUGCCAGCGAAAAAGGCCGUGGCAACGCAACGACGUCAGCCGAAAGGGUUUGCCGUGCGCAGCAGCGUUCGCGUGCACGGACUACAAGGUGCAGGGCAAAACGCUGGAGCGCGUGGCCCUCGAGCUGCGAGGACACGGACGACGAAGAUGGAUGGAACGGUGGUGCCCUCGCAACGGCAUCAUGCUCGUGUCCAAGGUGCGGGACAGAGACUUGGUGGGCAACCGGGUCCCCGAGGAGAUGACUGCCGCACAGGCCAGGCUCGAGGUACUGAGCGAGAGGACCGUUGAGGAGGCGUUGCGCUGGCUGGACGGUGAUGCUGAAGAGUCAAGGCGGCCGGGCUAG